AUACAGCACGUCCUCGAGAAACAGCUGUACUACGCAUUCGCCAGUUGGCGUUUCGGGACGUCGGGGAAGGAGAGGGAUUUACAGCUGUUUGGCUGAAGCCGCCUUCGGUAACAGUUACCUAGCAUGUGCACCAGCACUUGUUACUCUUAUCUCUUCGCCGUUGCGAACGAUGGACCCCACGGAUGUCCGGGUCGUCGCCAAGGCCCUCAUGGUCGUCCUCCAACCUGCUCUGUCUCAUCAUCCCAGACCACGCCAAAAUUUUGCGGUCUUUUCUUCCCAGUUUUGCGAUGUGGGGUCGCGUAUAGGAUACUCGCUUCGCUGUCUCUGCCUCUAAGUGAGGAGAACAAUAGACAAGAGAAACUUCUGUUGGAAGAGCCGGGGCCCGGACGUUGCAAAAGCGUAGCGAGGAAAGUCGAGCUGGCGAGUAAAUUGGUCAAGGAUUCCAAGCCUGUGCCAAGAUAUUCGCAUUCUAUAUACGCUUUUGUAUGCAACACAGCUUGGAAAUUUCUGUUCUAUCAAACUUCGGAUGAACUCUUUCGGUCUCGGUCCCGGUCGUCAAACUAUCAUGCUAUAAUUUUCUGUUGAGCAAAUGGCUGUAAAACCGGUUCUAGUUAGAUGGCCUAGCAGGAGUGCUGUGAUUUUCUGUGGGAGUUGCUCUUUGAUGACCGGCCAUAUCAUCAGUUGACAAGUCACUUGGCCGUACGAAGCGUUGAUUUUUCGCCAAUUGGCCCGCGCCGGAAGUAUGGAUAGAAGAAUAUUCGCUCUAGCCUUCCGGAUCUCGAUCUCGAUAUUCUCCUUUCACCGUCGCUGACCGUGAGUUCCGGGGCAUCUUAUUACACCCAACCAUAGC